CCGACAACAUCAACAUUUCUCGGACAUCGGUGCUCCGUUUUAUUCGCGAUUUUUCAUAUUUAAUAGAUAUUUUUAGUUAGUAUUACUUACGGGAAAAUGUUCACCCUUUGGUCCCUUGUGGAGGCCACGCUGCUGUUCCUGAAUGCCGUGUGCGUUUUGAGUGAGGAGCGGUUUCUCUCUAAAUAUGGCUGGGGCAUAUCGUCGCAGGUGCAGGGUUUCGGAGAACCGGCGACCACCAAGGGCCAAAUCUUAAUGCUGGUACGAUCCAUACGAACAGUGGCCAAAGUUCCCUUGAUAUUGUUCAAUAUAAUAGCGAUAGUGUUUAAAUUACUUCUAGGUUGACGCCGGCCUAAUACCGCGCGUGUCCGUAUGUUAUCGAUAAAAUAAAUAAAUGCAAACCCUCAGCCUUUCA